AGGUUUGUUUGCAUAGAUAUAUUGUUUUUUUUGUUCAACUAGUGUACGCCACAAAAGACGAGGCCAUGUUUAUACCUGACUAUACAAUGUAAACAUUGGAACUGUAAAGGAAUUUCGGCCUGAGCACAAACCGAACUAUACCGAAAGAGAAAGAUAUUUCAUUAAACUUUAAUCAAGAAAGGCUUUCCUUAACAGUAAACAAUGCAUCCCGGGGAAGAAGAGGUUCUUGAAUCCCCUAUAAUAGCAGAUGAUGUAGAAAGUCAAGGAAGUGCUCCUACUCAUCAAAACCAUUGCAAUAAGUGUGCUAAAGAUGUUGACUAUGGCUCAUUUAAGAUAAUGGAAAAUCUCCACAUUAAAAUAGGUGAAGCUAAGCAUUUGGUGCCUGGAAGUAAAGAAACAAGAAACACAUACUGUGGUGUUCUACUGGACCAAGAAGUGGUCAGCAAAACUCACAUUGUUGAAAAGUCAUUAAGCCCCUUCUUCCAGGAGGAGUUUGAUUUUGAUAUUCCUCACCAUUUUCGUUUCUUGUGUUUUCAUUUUCACGAUGUACAAGGUGAUGUUUUAACCAAAAAGGACCACGUCUUUGCUAAAGUUGCUGUGAAAAAGACGGACAUAUCUAAGUACAAUGGGAAGGAGCAUUGGUUUCCUCUUACUCCUGUAGAAGGAAGAGGUGGAGAUGUUCAGGGUCAGGUUCAUGUUGAACUAAAAUUCCAACAACUUCAACAACUACUUGGUUCAGAAGGCUCAGAUAUUCACAGGCUUAACGUGAGGGUGCCUGAAUGUACUGGUCUGUUGAUCAGUGGUGGAAACUGUGAUCCAUACGUAGCUGUUUCAUUACAAGGGACUCAUCGCAAUGAAACAAAGAAAACCAAAGUCCGCAAAGCUAAUGCCAAUCCUCACUUUGAUGAGGAAUUUGUUUUUGAGCUGAAUAAGAAUAACAAUCUAAGAAGAUCAUGGUUUGAUUUAACGAGUGGAAAUGAGGUCAAACUAGCUGACCCUGAGCAUUGGUCUACACAGGUUCUUAAAAUAUCUGUGUAUAGCUCGGGCACUCUAGGUGAUGAAUUUCUCGGGGAAGUUCGAAUCCCUCUUUUCUCUGUUAUUAACAAAGCCUCCCAUUCUGGAUGGUAUCUUCUGAACCCAAGAAUGGGCAAAUGCAAUGCUAACGGUUCUAAAGAUGACUAUGGCUCGGUGAGGGUCAAAAUCACAUACACCAAAGACUGUGUUUUCCCAACCCAAGCGUAUGAUGAAUUGUUAAACUCUCUGCUCAGCUCCAUGAAAACUUUGCCGGUUUGUGCCACCUGGCCGAGUCUUAUAGCCACUGUAUGCGGGGUAAGAAAAAGACCCCAAGUUGCUGCUUGCCUUGUGCGAAUAUUUCUUCAGCAAGGAGAGCUCACCAGUCUAAUUGAACCAGUCGCAGAUGAUGAAAUUGCUCAAACCAAAGAUUCGAACAUGAUUUUCCGCAACUCGAGUUUCACUGCUUGCUUGGUGGAGGAGUCGAUGCGCGUAGUCGGUUUCAACUAUUUAAGAAACGUCCUCUCACCAACGAUGGAGAAGAUCCGGAGUGAGAGGAAGUCUUGUGAGAUUGAUCCGACUCGUCUCGCUCCUCCGAUGCCAGCUUAUUCAUCUAACAACUCCCUCAGUGGUUCUCACGAUGGGGAAAACCGCUCGGAUGAGACAAGAGCAAACAUGGUAAACUUAUGGGAAUACGUGCAUGAAGUUAUCCGCUCCAUAGUAAACUCACUUCCACAAUGUCCAUCCCUACUGUGUGAAAUAUUCAGUGGAAUUCGAAACUCUGCAAGUCAUUAUUUCCCAGACAACCCCAAUGCUCCUUACAGCGGAGUCACCAACUUUAUAUUUCUUCGAUUUUUUGCAGCAGCAUUGUUAUGCCCGAGGAAAUAUAAACUUGUAAAUGAACAGUUGGAUCCAACCACUGCUCGGACAUUUACGCUUGUUUCAAAAGUUGUGCAACACUUGUGCAACAUGUCAAUGCCGAAACCUGGCAACACUGUAAAAUCAGCAUCUGUCGUUCAAGGUUUUGUAAAUAAGUUCGUCAAUCAGGAGCACGUUGACAGUAUCAAAAAUUUUGUCGAUAUCAUUUCUUCACCAUACAAAGGCAUUGAAUCGAAAUGCAGAUCCAGCUCAAUAUUGGACAAAGUAGUUUUAAAGGAAGGUAUGAUGGUAAAGCGAGCACAAGGUCGAACGUUUCUUCUUGGUCGGAAGAAUUUCAAGACUCGUUAUUUUGCUCUCACUAACUAUGAGCUUUCCUAUGGGAAGAGAAGGAAGAGCAAACCUCUUUGCACCAUCCCCGUCCAGGACAUCAGAGGAGUGGAGAAACUGCAGGAAGAUUCUUUCAGGAUGGCUUAUAUGUUCCAGGUCAUUCAACCCAACCGCGUCCUUUACUGCCAAGCUGGUAACUCAGUUGAACAGAAAGCGUGGAUGGAUGUUCUCAUGAAAGUAUGUACGUGUAAUAAGAACCGUGCCCAGUAUUUCCACCCUGGUGCUUACGUUCAAGGCAAACACACAUGUUGCGGUUCAACUACCAUGAAGGCUCCAGGCUGCACCAAAGUAACUGGUCUCCCAGCGUCCAUCAGACUCAACAUCGACCAAGAUCGAGACUUGGAGAGAAUCUACAGCUUGAUCAGUGGAUCUGUUGAACGUAUCCAUAAACUACAAGAGGAAUGCGGGGCAAGGACAGUGUACAUGGGUCCACAACUUGCUCGUGCGACCAAGUUUGAUUCCGACAUUGAGAGCGCGGAUGACGCAGAUGACGCAACCGCCGUGACAGUGACGCAUCGACGCAGAGCUUCGUUUGACGUUCGCGAUCCCCAGUACAUGUUCCGCGCCCUCUGCGCAAUAUUAGACUGUGUGCAAAAACUUGAUCAUGUGCACGAGCAGUAUGCGCAGAGUGAAUCUGAGUUUAAAAUCGGGACGCAGGAACGACCUUACGGCGAUUCGUGACCUAACCCGUGACCCUUCCGAAGGAUAAGAUACGUACGAAGUUGCCGUAUGAGAUUACCAAUGACACUGCAGUCGGUCAAGUUUACUGAUAAGGUGUAAUGUGCUUCACGCCCGUGCUGUGACGCAUCUGCUGACCACAACUGCAAUAUGGCUAUCCGGCGCCGUUAGCGACCGUACAUUCAAGUUCCGUCGUCCCGCUUAACGGCGCGCGAGUGCAACCUUUUACGAUAAUCAUACCAAUUACUCAACCCGAGAAACGAUGGCAGCCUUUUGUUCCAAGUUCCAGUACAUUAUGUGAUAUUUGAUUAUCGUCCAUGCAGGAUGUUCUCCUUUGCCAACCUGCCCAUCGUGCCUCGCGUUUCUUCCACGAAAGUGUUAAUCUGCUGUGGACUGCUGGUCACUAAGCAGCAUCAAUAAUUUGACUUAUUUUACCGACGCAUUUACCCAUGUGGUUGACGAGACGGACUUAAUAUCUCGUAUUGAAUCGCGCCGUAUACACAUUGUUUUAUUUUUAACUUUUUACUCCCCGUAUUGACCAGGUGACUUCAACUUAAAGACACUGAACUGAGCGACCGUGUUCGGGACACAGCGUGCAUCGUUUUUAACUUGAACCAUAUGUGCAGAGCCAAACAUACUUUCAUUCGAAAUCAUUCGCGUUUUUAUCCCACACCAUGUUUACUGACUGCUACCUUUGAACUUUUAAAACAUACCCCGAUUUUUUUUAUGUUUUCAUCACCAUAGUUACUUCUUUGCCUCUACUACGAUAACACUACACUGUUUUUGCACCCUUUCUUAGUUGCUAUCAGCCAUCGUUCGUGUUGUUAAACUGCAAGGAUCUUCCGGCGUCGCAAUCUUUUUGCGCCGUCACGCAGUUUUUACCCUUUUUUCCCGAAUUCCCUUCCCUUAGUAGCGUCAGAAUUAAUCGUUUAUUCCUUUCCGCGUUUUACUCGCCCUCUUUCUCCGUAAACGUCGUUUAAUUAGCUGAUACUGUACAGCUAUGGAAAAUUGGUCUGCUUUAAAAGUAUCGCAUCAUAAAUGCUUAUUUUAACCGCACUUCCAUUUGAAGUUGAAAUUAAACCGAAAAAGCAACUUCAAGUUUUUGUGCAUUAUAUACGUAUACCUGGCGCGUCAACGCCUCUUGUCUCUGGUGUAUUUUUAACACUUCAACUUUAUCCAAAUGAGCAAACAGCACUCGUACCGUUAUUUUAUUUUCGAAAUGAAAUGUCUUCUGUUGUGUUUUAUUGCUAAGCAAAACUGUUCUGGGCUAUUUUCCUAUAUAGGUCGUUACUGGUAAUUUGCCACUUUGUUCCAAUACAGUUAUGUCGGCAUUUG